UUCUAGAAUCUUCCCAAACUGUGUGCCUCCCUUACUGGCUUGUGGUGUAAUUCUUUCUACCUGGCUUUGGCAUUUAUGUGUUUCUUGCCUUAAGGGUAGACUUAAUGCUCAUAGAACUGGAGAAAUGGAGAAGCUGGGACAUAUCACAGAGUCCUGGGGACUUGCAAGGGGUUCUGUGCCCCAGUAUAAUUACCUUUUGAUAGAACUUGUCAAAGGUUAGUCCUUACAGCGAAGUCCUGCAAAGUUCCCUCUUCUCACCUCCACUCUCCUCUCUGUUGACUACUGGUGUCUUACCAUUUGAUAGCCUGUGCUACCUCAGUAUUCUGACAGCAUUACAAAAAAAAAAAAAAAAAAAAAAAAGAAGCCAUCAUCACCAGAUGUAAACCCUGACACCAGAGCUCCAGAACCAUGGACAGGCCCUUAGGAGUCAUAUAUGAACUCUGACAAGAAAGAAAACAAGAAAAAAAGACGUGGGAAUGGCCGCUUGCCUGAGAGAACCUGAUGAGAGCCCUGAUGGCAACGAUUGAAUAAGAGCGUGGAGGGAGACUGAUGUUUCUUUCCCUUGCAAUUGAGAACCAACCACCACCCCGUACCUUAAAAUGUGCAACCAGGUUGAAAACUACCUUCAGAAGCCGGAAUUCCUCCUUGCCCGUCUUUACUUGUACUAAAGUCCGGAAGGCUUCGGAAAAUGCUCUGCCAAGCAGUCUGAAGGCAGUUGAAGAUCAGCUAAAGAUAUGUGGCCACAAGAGGGAUCUUGAUGUCUUGGAGCUGUUCCUUUCUAAAAAGCAACUGACAGAGGUUGUCGAUCUUUCUAGAUUUAAAAAAUUGAGAUAUUUGUGGCUCCAUCACAAUAAGCUACAUGGGAUAUCAUUUUUAACUCGAAACUACUGUCUGAGCGAGCUGUAUCUGAACAACAAUGCAAUAUUUGAGAUAGAAGGCCUGCAUAAUUUGCCUUCACUGAAUAUUCUCCUGUUGCACCAUAAUGAGCUAACAAACAUCGAUGCUACUAUGAAGGAGCUAAAGGGAAUGCAGAAUCUGAAGACCCUAAGUCUGUACCAAAACCCUUUAUCCCAAUAUAACCUCUACCGUUUGUAUAUGAUCUACCAUCUUCCGGGACUGGAGCUGCUUGAUCGGAAGCAAAUUACAGAGAAAGAGAGAAGGUCUAUGAUUACCAUUUUUAACCAUAAAAAAGCUCAUGUCAUUCAGUCAGUAGCAUUUGGAAAAAGAGCAGAUGUCUCAUGGAACCCCAAGUUACCAAUAAAGCAAAAGCAAGCCAAGAAACUUCCCCCAGAUUUUGCAUUUGCGGACAAUGUUGACAAGACAAUGUUUGAUGACCCUGAAGAUGCUGUGUUUGUAAGAUCCUCGAAGAGAUCGCUGAUGGCCUUUACCUCCAUGAAUUGGAACACCGUUCUAACGCGAAGUGAAAAGUAUGACAGGAAGAAAAAGAGCUUGACCGCAGAGAUGCUCAUGCUUUCCCUGCGGUGACAGCACUUCCCGAAAUCCUGGCGCUGCUCACUUACAUGUUAAGACACUCCCGAGAUUUAGCUCCUUAGACAUUUGUUGCUACCUGAAGUUUUAAAAUAGAAGACUUAAUGGUGAAAAAUAUUUCCUAUACUAUAAGUUUCGUAAUGUAAAACUUGUAUAUGUUACCCACAUGUAAAAAAUAAAACCAUUUUUUCCUUCCAGCCACUUACUUCC